UUGGCCUUGUUCUCUCUGGGUUCUGGCUCGUGGCUUGUGCUCUGCCUUGCCUUGGUCAAAGCACCCUCUGAGCCUCGCCGGUUUGUUCCAGAACAGAACAGAGCUACUGUUCGUGCGUGUCAUCCUGUCAAAAACAGACAGUCGUCUAAAUUGUCUCGUAUCUCGUGCUUGCUUGCUUUGCUGCAAGUUGUCGGGAUCCCCCCGCGAAGGGACUAACUUGUUUGAGCCCACGUGCCUGUGAGCCUUGAUUGUACUAUCGCCAGUUUGCUGUGCUCGGAGUUACAGCGUCUUUACGAAGGACGUAUUCCCGCCGCGUAACAGGUCAUUUGAUUUGUUCCCAUAAGCCAAAUCAAAUGUUGCUCCCCCAUAGUCUGUUGCGCCGGCGGCUGCGGCUCAUGCUGCUGUCCGCCCUGGCCUUUGCAGCGGCAUUCUGGCUUCUCUCCUCCGGCGGCCAGCGGAAGGAAAUCCCCCAGUUUGACGCCCGGCUGCUGGAACAACAGUAUCCUUUAGUAUGGAAGCACAUUCACUCAUUCGAUGGAGUUGGAGGAGCAUGGUACAUUCCUCCGAGCUGGCUCGCCGACGACCAGACGCCGCCAACAGACAUUGUCGAGGCUGCAAGUCUGGCGUCCACGGCCGCCCUCUUCGCACGCGAACGGCAGGUGGCCUUUUCCAACAUUCCACUUCUAAUGCAUCAGACCGGAGCUUCAUCCAAGGUCAACACCUGGAAGCCUGAUGUCGUCCCAUGGGUCGAGCGGUGGCUUGAGUAUUCCACGUCCCCUAACAAUAGUGAGCCCAUGGCGUACUUCUUUUGGGACGACGAAGGAAUCGCCAUGCUCAUGGAUAAGUAUGAUGAGGGGUUUGUCGAGGACUUUAACGCAAUCUUCACCCCCGUCGAGAGGGCAGACAUCUUCCGCAUUGUGACGUGCCUAUACUUUGGAGGAAUUUAUGCCGACAUUGACACAGAACCUCUCCGGCACCCGGCGGAUUGGGUCGGCCCGUCAGAUCUUGCUCGAUGGAUUGAUGAUAUCACCGGUAAAAGCUACGGCUUCAAGAAUCCCGAAGAGGAGGCUCCUUCGCCUUCCGCCAAUGGCAAACAGCCCGUUAACCUUAUCUGGGGGCUUGAAGCUGACACAGAUCCAAAUACAAACACCUAUUGGCGGAUGGGAUACACGUAUCCGAUCCAGCUUACUCAAUGGGCGCUGGCGUCUGCUCCUGGGCACCCGGCCCUGAAGCAGUUCAUGGACAAUCUUUAUGACGAGGUGGACCUGGAAAAGAAUGCGACUAUGAAUGACCCCAACAGGGCCGACCCUCUCACGCGAACCGGUCCUGCUGCUGUCACGCUGGCUACUCUCCUGUGGCUGGAGCAUGACAAUGGAUUUAGGUGGAACGCCCUAACUGGGCUGAAAGACGGAGGCAAGACGAAGCUCGUGGCAGAUGCUUUGAUUUUGCCAAUUACUGGCUUCAGCCCCGGUCGCGGAUCCUACGGAAACAUGGGUUCGAAGCCUAUUACGGAUCCAGAUGCCCGGCUUGUCCAUCAUGCCUUGGGCUCAUGGCGGAAAUUCGAUCUGCUAGUCGAGUAUGGCAAGUUUUGCCGCACAGUACUCGGUCUUUGCAAAGACUGGACCAAAGUCCCGACGCCACAACGCGGAUUAUAAUUUCUACCCCUAUACCCAGAUUCCAAGCCUCAUCGACGACAUUACGCUGCAUGACUGAAACUUGAUAUAUAAUUCUUUAAUACGCCGCCUUUGCCCGGUCCCUUUGACUGUUUGGAUUAUACAGCCCUGCUUCAGACGCCAUAUAAUCGAUAUAUCGAAUUUAAGCCGAAUAUACUUGUACGAUACACAUCGGAGACGAGAAGAGACUUUUACGCUUUCACACUUGUAUCAUUAUAUUACAUAGCCGUGAUUUACUCCGACAUUAUUUCGACAUGAGCAAACAGAAGCUAUCUUUGUCGAAGAAUACUAUGCUUUGGUAUUAUUAUUUAUUUCAUUAAGCUAUACAAAGCUCCCUAUAUUUCUUGAAUCAUGCCCUCUGCUUUAUAGCUCAUGUGCUAUAAUGUAAUUUGAUGUAUAGAGCACUGUGGAAUGACGAGAUAGGGUUAACUAUAAUAGUAAUAAAUAUGGC